AUGACACUAGACAAGCGUAACGACGACGACUCUGUCGUCCUCACCACCUCCUCGGCUUCGAGGACGGAGUCAGUAUCAUCAACAGCAAGCUCGAAAUCCAACACUCUUUCAUCAUCAUCAUCAUCAUCAUCAUCAUCAUCAUCAUCAUCACAACAAUAUGAGAGCGACUCGGAUUUCCUGGCUAGCCAACUGCUAACUACCUCAGUAAAUAAAGCAUAUACCCAGGCAUCCGAUUCCACCAGCAGUUCUACUAGUACAGAAAGUGAGGUCCUUUUAUUCAUAUCUUCUGGCCAAUCACUGAGCUACGAGUCGUCUAUCGGAGUGAUAUCAAAUUCUGUUUCACUGUUUCUGGAAACUGACAAGUCGUCUACUAUCACAACAACAGACUCCUCCACAUUAUCCAGUCACGAAUCUUCAACAACAAAAGACCACCAAUCAACAACUUCCUCAAUAUCAGCAUCCCAGGUGUCAAUUAUCACUACUCUCUCAAUACCCUCUGGAAACUUGACUACUUCUACCUUUUUAUCUACAUUGUCAUCAUCAUCAUCAUCAUCCUCAUCAUCGGAUAUCAAAAACAACUACACAUCCGUCCACACAGAAACAUUGACGGUCACCCAAGCAUACUCCAUGGAUAAAAGUGUCCUCUACAAGACCGAUUAUUCUACGAUAUUAGUGGUAACUCAACCACAACUAACGACAUUUGGCUAUGUUUAUACUCAGCCAUAUGAGGUCACCGGAACAACUACAACUUUUGAAGCUAGCGUCCCUACAACCGUCAUCGUAACGACUUAUGAUUUAGAUACCCAAAUUAGCUUGUCAAACUUUGCAACCAUUACGGUUAACUCAGACUAUUAUAAACAUAACAUUUUAAACGAGGACACUAAAACUGACAAUGUCCCAAAACUUGCAGGGGGAAUCACUGGCUCUAUUGGUGGAUUCCUUGUGGUGCUUUUUAUUGUGAUUUGGUUAUGCAAAAAGAAGAGCCCUACAUUGUUAUUCGGAUCAAAGCGGUCAGCAAACCCAUUCAAUGAAAAGUCUGCUACAAUGCCAGAUUCUAAAGACCCUAAGAAUGACUCUAGCGAUAUAAUCAAUAAUGAGGUUUUGGAGAAGAGCCGUUUUGAUAGAUUGGUUGGCAAAUUCAAGAAAUCUCGCCCCGAAACUCUUAGAAGACUUUCUGCCGAUAGUAACUUGACUAUAAAUAGCGUGCCUUCAACAACAGUUAGCACUUGCACAGCGAGUACUGCCGGAAGUGAUAAUGGGUUGUUUGCUAUGAGGGAUAAUCUUUUACAAGGGCUUUCUUUAAAGAAGUCGGAUAAUGGGAACGAACCUGAGAAAAAGAACGCCAAAUCACACAACCAACAUUAUUCAAGAAAUAGAGUGAUUGAUACAGUUUACGAGGAAAGCAAUGAGAGUUUGAACUCAUCGAGAAGAUCAUCGUUGGCAUCUUCAGGCUCCAUUUUCUAUAACAAGUCAAGGAAGAGCUCGAUUGAUGGGAAUUCUAAAUUGGGUCUCUCAUCACCAAAGGAAACUCCAGAAUAUGCUAACAGCACGAUUGAUAAAAAGGAAAUUCCUAAACGGCCGCCUCCUAGAAAGACUAAAAGUCAAAAUUUCUAUUCUAAAAGUGGUGGAUUCCAAAGCCGUCGGUACGAAAGAUCUGGGUUGCGUAAUUAUUAUAGUACUGAGAAUCCGUUUGAAGUGGAAGGCUCUGUCGAUGAUAUAGAAUCAUCAUCUCUGACGGAAUCAUCCUUCAGUACACACGACUUUGAAUAUGACAAUGGAUCGGACACUAGAAGAGCCCCUCCUGCUCCUCCGAAACCUAGAAAGUCUUCUCAAAAUCAUGUCAAUGAUGAAAACAAUAAUUUCGGGUAUAUUGACAAAUUUGCCAACGACACUGAAUACAAUAAGAGAAGAUCUUACGAAAGUGCUUCCAGUGGUGAACCAUUCAUCAAUAAUGAUAUGGAAGUUUAA